AUGGAUUAUUCAUUGGCAACUCCAACCCUCGUCCUUCCUGCCUUUGCAGGAUCUCAAUUGGGCUCUAGAUCGAAUUCUGGGAAUUCGUCACGUGCAACCACCACGCCCACGCCCAUUGGCCACCCGAGGCUAUCCAAUGUCACUGAAGCCUUUCUGUUGCGACAUUUUCAAAAGUACCUGGCGCCGUGGCUCGAUGCAUUCAAUCCCGACCGACACUUCUCAACAGAUGUCAUCGAGCGCGCGACCCAAUCCCCAUUACUUCUGUAUGCUUGUCUCGCAGUCUCAGCAUGUCACCUAUCCCGAACAACCAACUCCAUCGCCGGCGAUGUCGCACACGGAUAUCAUGAGCGCUGUAUCUCAAUAAUGUUGCCGGUCCUCGACAAGCCCGAGUUCGAAAUCGGAAUCGACAUCCUCCUCUCGUCAACCGUCAUUCUACGAUUUUUCGAAUCAAUCUCCUCCCAUAGUCCCCCAAACGACCAACAACACCAUCUCCUGGCCGGUUCGGUAUACAUCAGUUCCCACGUGGACUCAGCUAUCUCGGGCGGACUGGCAUCGGCUUCUUUCUGGGCCUAUGUCAUUCAAGAUAUUCAAUUCGCGCUCACGUACCAGAAAUGCCUCCGCUUAACAUUCGCGCCGUUCGAUGACCGCCUGCGACGAUGGUGGGCCGCCAAACCUGCCCUGAGCGACGGAGACUGGACAAACCGGGCAAUCUGGCUAUUGGCCGAGACUAUCGAUUUCUGUUAUAAUAUCUCCGGCCGAAGCCAUGACGGUAGACUUGGCAGUGCGGGGGAGGCUGCGCUCAGGCACCGCAUUCUUGAGUGGGAGCUUGGUCGACCGGAUACGUUUGUGCCGUUGCAUAUCUCGCCGGCGGAUCCUGGGAAUGGGAAACCUUUUCCUGUUGCGUGGUAUACGAGCCUGUGGCAUGCUACUGCGGUCCAGCACAUCUGUCUCACUAAAUCGUUGGUGCUCAUUCGCGAACUUGAGUUUUAUGAUCGGAGUAUGUUGCAUUUAGAGCAGCCUGUCAAGUUAAGGCAUGAUCUGGCCGAAACGCUUAAUUUUAUGUUCGGCAUCGCCACAUCUGCCGACGACGACCCUUCACUGCGUAUCACGGCUUGUCACGCACUUUUUGCCUGCGGCUCAUGGGUGGAAGACCCUGUUGUACAAACUUUGCUGAUUGACCUCCUUCGUCGAACUGAAAGGGAAAACGGCUGGCCGUGGGGAUAUAUGCGCAACCAGGUUAUGCAAGCGUGGAGGCCGAUAUAG